UUCAGGUCCAAGCACGAUCUGUUGAAUUGUCGACUUUCUGUGUCAUGGGUGUUCUUAGUUGCUUCUGAAAUCCUCCAACAAAUAGUCGUAACAAUGCCGUCGCAGCGUCUUACCAUUGUAAUAAAACUAGGGACGAGCUCCAUAGUUGAUGAGAAUACCCAUGAGCCCAUUCUCUCGAUCUUGACCUUGAUCGUCGAGACAGCCGCCAAGUUGCAUAGGGAUGGGCACAAUGUAGUCCUCGUUUCUUCUGGAGCUGUUGGCGUUGGUUUGCGGAGGAUGGAUGUAGACGAGAGACCCAAAUAUAUUCCUCGCAUACAGGCGCUAGCAGCUGUCGGACAAUGCAGACUCAUGAGCCUGUGGGACGGUUUAUUUUCGCACCUUCGACUUCCUGUAGCGCAGAUCCUCUUGACCAGGAAUGACAUUGCGGAUAGGACACAAUAUGUCAAUGCUCAAAACACCUUUGCCCAGCUGUUCGAUAUGGGAGUCAUCCCCAUCGUUAACGAGAACGACACGCUGGCGGUUUCUGAAAUCAAAUUCGGUGAUAAUGACACUUUAUCGGCCAUAACGGCGGCCAUGGUGAAGGCCGAUUACCUCUUUCUGAUGACAGAUGUUGACUGCCUAUAUACCUCGAACCCUCGUCACAACCCGGAUGCUAAGCCCAUCGAGGUGGUUUCAGACAUCUCGUCUCUGGAAGCCGACGUGUCGUCUGCUGGUUCAUCUCUCGGGACUGGUGGAAUGAGCACAAAGAUUGUAGCUGCAAAGUUAGCAACCAGUGCUGGAGUGACGACGGUGAUUACCAAGAGUUCCAAACCGGGCAAUGUCCUCGAGAUCGUAAAGUAUCUCCAGCAAACGCAACGAGGUAUUCCGGGGCAGUCUUCAACAGUGGAAGCAACGCCAUCAGAGUCACAAUCGCCGCUGUCGCCGCCUCUACAUACGCGUUUUCUGCCUUCAGACACACCGAUUCAAUCCCGAUCAUUCUGGCUGCUGCAUGGUCUCAAGCCACAUGGGAGUCUGUACAUCGACCAUGGGGCAUAUAGCGCUCUCCUGAACAAAGCCAGUCUCCUACCAGCAGGUGUCGUGGGUGUAGAUGGCCACUUUGGCCAACAGGAAGCCGUGCGACUGGUUGUUGUUGAACGAUUCUCGCCCGACUCCCUCAAUGGAGACUUCCUCCACCACGGGCAGGAACCCAAGGAGGUUGGUCGUGCACUGGUCAAUUACGGUAGCGCUGAGAUUGCACGCAUAAAGGGUCACAGAAGCACACACAUUCAGUCCUUGCUCGGAUAUGCUGAUAGCGAAUACGUUGCUCUUCGGGAGAAUAUAUCCUUUUUUCGGUCGGAUGAUUCCGCACGCCAAUAGCAGUUCUCAACCUUCGAAUGAUUUCGGCCAAUGACUAGAUCUCUUGCGCGAAACGAUUAUAAAUCGAGUCGACAUGACUCGGAUGAUUUUUGCACAUAUCACAGUGAUACCUUAUCUGUUCUUACGUUGGAAAUUGCAUUUUGAGCGACAUUCAGGAGCCAUCAAGAUGAAGUGGACGAAUCACGGAGUAUGUGUUUAUCAGUUCUAGGCUAAUUCUAUUAUAGACCGUGAAUAGAGGAGAUUCAACACCGC